GGGUGAUGGCGACUGCGGCACCACCCUGGCUGGCGCUGCCUCCGCCCUCCUGCGGCAACUGGGGCAGGAGGGACAGGAGGGGGGCGGGCUGGCGCUGCACUGCCCGGCUGCUGCCGUACAGCAGGUGGCCCGCUGCGUGCGCAGUGCAGUGGGCGGCAGCAGCGGGGCGCUGUACGACAUCCUCCUCACCGGGGCCGCCAGAAGACUCAAGGCGGGUCCGCUGUACGACACCACCCCUCAGGACUGGGCCGAUGCGCUGUCAGCCGGACUCGCUGCCGUACAAAAGUACGGUAGAGCGGAUCGUGGAUGCCGUACAAUGCUCGACGCGCUCCUGCCUGCUCGAGAUGCGCUGGUUGCGAGCCUUCAGGCGGGCGCUGACGCCGCAACUGCCGCAGCCGCUGCCGCCGCUGCAGCGGAGGCGGGGGCGGCGGCUACUCGCGGCAUGGCGGCGGCGGCGGGUCGGUCGUCGUACGUCCCCGCUGCCGUACUGUCGGAGGUGGAGG